ACACUGCAGGAGAAUUUAUCCCAGGCUUCUGUUGGACGUUUCACUCGUGUUCCGGUGGAAGGUAGGGAAAGCAUGAACUGAUGUUGCAGAAACACAGGAGGCAACUUUAAAAGGAAACGCUAAUAACGCGUGCGUGAAGUGCAGCUGCGGCGUGGACGCGCAGGAGUGGGGGUGUAGCCUGCGAGCCUGUGGUAAUAGGCUGCGAGGGAGAGAGAGGGAGUGGGAGUGGGGACAGACGUGGACAGUGAUGCUGCGCGCUGUCUUCUUGCUAAAUGAGGAUUGUCUUUUCCCAGUUUGAGCAGCAGCAGGGCUUCUCCACCCUUCCAGCGAGGAUCUGUAAUUUACACAGAAACAGCGGGGCAUCCGUGGGAUCUUCUCCAUCAUCAUCAGCAGCAGCAGCGCUGGAUCCAGCCCCGCGUUGCCGCUUGUUCUGCUGCUGCUCCAUCACCAGGCGACCCGAGGAGGAGAACAUCUGACCAGCGGGCCAUGUGCACCACGACAUGUAUGCGUGAAUUCAUGCGGUGACACAGGAAGGGGGGAAUGGAACAGCUGUCAACGCAUUCCUGUAGACGCACCGACGGUGAUUCGUUGCAGACUGUCGUGUAGAGAGAGAGUGGAGCGGGGGGAAAAAAAAAAAAAAACCUUCAUACGCAGCAGCCCAUCCAGCACAUUCGCUUUUUAUUCCAGCGAGAAGCGAUCAGUGGUCAGGUGUCGCCUUUCAUUUCAACCACAACAAUGGGGGAGCAGCCCAUCUACAGCACGAGGGCCCACGUCUUCCAGAUCGACCCCAACACCAAGAAGAACUGGGUCCCCGCAAGCAAGCACGCCGUCACUGUGUCCUACUUCUACGACAGCACGCGCAAUGUCUACCGGAUCAUCAGCCUGGACGGAACCAAGGCAAUAAUCAACAGCACCAUCAGUCCGAACAUGACGUUCACAAAGACGUCACAGAAAUUUGGUCAGUGGGCAGACAGUCGAGCGAACACUGUCUACGGACUGGGUUUCUCCACCGAGCAUCAUCUGUCAAAGUUUGCAGAGAAGUUUGCAGAGUACAAAGAAGCAGCACGGCUUGCGAAGGAGAAGAGCCAGGAGAAGAUGGAGAUGGCCACGUCUCCCUCUCAAGAGUCUCCGGCCGGUGAGCUCGCCUCCCCCCUCACCCCAGUGACUCCCCCCAUGGAAAACAUCAACGGCACGGAUGAGAUCUGCGACACGACUCCCAACCUGGACAGCCGUCCGGAGCCGGCGCAGAACGCUCUGGCUUUCGCACACAGCCCGGCCAUGACAAAACACUGGGAGGCUGAGCUGGAGGCGCUAAAGGGGAACAACGCCAAGCUGACGGCGGCUCUGCUGGAAUCCACGGCCAACGUCAAACAGUGGAAACAGCAACUGGCUGCCUACCAAGAGGAGGCAGAGAGACUACACAAACGGGUGACAGAGCUUGAGUGCCAGAGUAACCAAACCCCGGUGAUCAAAUCCCAAAAGACAGAACUCAACCAAACCAUAGAGGAGCUGGAGAACGUGCUGCGGGAUAAAGAAGAGGAAAUGGAGAAGUUAAAAGAAGAACUGGAAAACAUGAAUGACCUCAUGGAGCAGAAAGACACUCUGACUCAGAAGCUUGAAGAGACGGAGCUGCGCAGUCGGGUGCUGGAGGAGCAGCUAGCAGGAGCUGAGCAACGACUGGAGGAGAACCAGGAAGAGCAGGAGAAUUUCAGGAAGAGCCUGCGGACGCUGCUGGAGCUGCUAGACGGCAAGAUCUUUGAGCUGACGGAGCUCAGAGACACCUUGGCUCGUCUCAUAGAGGAAGCCAGCUAGAGACGGAGGGUGUCAACCUUCACAGACAGAGCCAUAUGAUGAUUUAUUUACAGCCCAGCACACAGACCAAUCCCACCCUCCAUAACUCCUCGUCUACCCCCACCCACAGAAAUCUGAGACAAUGCACUGUCCACACUUACAGUUUAAACACAAGGGGCAGCUGAUCCCUGAUUUUUACCGUGAAGGCAUCAGGUUCCUACCUUCUGCAAGCACUCCUGUAGUUGAACACGAUGCAGGGACUACCUCAGCUUGCCUACUGAUUGGCUGUCGUACACUCGGUCAAACCUGUCAAGCUCAGUUAUAAAGAUGCCACACACAUCAAAACAAACUGUGUCUCGGCGCCAUCUGCGGUCUGAAUGGGAGAGCUGCACCGUAGUGCGGAACAUUUACUCAAACAUACACAUUGCAGAUUACUCCUCUUUAAAGCAGCCCUCCAGGGGGAAAUGUUGAAAGUCAUGUGGAAAUAAUUGCUGUUAAGACUUAAAAGAACUGCGCCAAAGCUGCCAAAUCCCCCCCAACCCCCACCAAAAUAAAUGUUGUCCUCUAUCUAGCAGAUGCUUUGAUCCAAAGUGACUUACUGUACAGGGAAGUUUUGAACAGAAGAACCCACGUUUGAGCCCGGGCUGCCGAGGAAUGUAACCGCAUCGCUGAACAUCCCCAGCCUGGAUUUACGAGGCUGCUGGGAAAUGGAGUCUGACAAAUAUACGUAUAUAGUUUUUUUUUUCUUUUAGCAGAAAUGAAGGACUUCUGUAUGCCCCCCCACCACUCCCCUCCCCAACAAACACACACCACCACCUUAUUACAAAAACCUACAUGACAGAUAAGCAAUGAAUCUUCCAGAUGGCCUUUUUUCAUGCAACACAAGAAUUUGAGUGCUAUAGCUGAAAUGAAAAAUCUCGUAUCCAGACAGCUUCCACUAUCACAGUAGACAUGACCUGUCUUCCUGCCAAACUCAGUGUCGCGUGUGUGUCCUGAGGUUUGAUAUGAUCGUGUGCACUCGUAUAGAUGCAUCUAAAUAAAUUGCAUCAACAAAAAGUUGUCUUAAACUUGUAAAAAAAAAAAAAAAACUGGAAUUCAUUAUUAUUUAGCUUGAUUACACAGAGAAUUGUGUUUUUUAAGUGUUUAUUUAUGUUACUUUGAUUAUUAUGGCUUACAGCAAAUGGGAACAUUAAAAUUAUAAUAUUGCAUGAGACCAAUAAAAAAUAAUCUAAAUGCAUAAAUAUGGGCCUACUGAAAACUUUGUCCAUAUGCUGCAUCUAAUAUGCAUUCACUAAUUGGUUGAGGGUUUCUUCUUUUUAAUUGCAAAAUUACCGCAUUAGAGCGGCGUGACAUGGAUGUAAUCAGCCUAUAGAUCCGCUGAGCUGUUAAGGAAGCCCAGGUGGUUUCAUUUUCCCUCCUUUCUUGGGUCUGGUAUUGAUAGAUUCUUAUGUGGGUUUGCUGACCAAUUAAGUUUGCUGCAAAAGAUCUGCAAAACAUACUGAACCACAACUGCAAAUGCAAAGCCAGAGAGAGUUAAACUGCAAUCUUAAAGCUUCACUCGGAAGAAAUAUUUUGUAGGAUACCAUAUUUCAAGUGUACUGCAUUCACUCCCCCACACACGCAUGCUGAUAAUGUAUUUAGACAAGGAUAAUGUAUUUACUUCCACUCCUGAUAGUUUGUAUCACAUUAAAGCAGAAUAAUGCUUAGUAAUGUAGAUGGUCAUUUAGUGCUUCAACAUAUUUAACAACACAUUAUUUUCAUCUUGCUAACUGUAGUUAACAACUAAUGGCAAACACAAACUUGUGGCACCAAACUCCAGUUCAUGAGGCAAAUUUGCAAUGUAUUAUGCUUCUUUUUCCACCAAAUGUUUUCCUUCCACUUAACUUUUCAUUAGGAUUCUUGGACACAGCGCUCUGAACAGCCAGCUUCUUCAGCAAACUGUGUUUCUCUCCUUGUGAAGGGUUCCCGAUAGUAUCUGCUGAGACUUUUACAUAAAAAAAAAAAAAAAACAUUUUUCUUUCAUUGUCUUGUAUAACAAUCCAAAUUUCUCAGGAAUUUUGCCUUAUUACAAACUGUGAGCCAUAAUAAUCAAAAUUAGAAACAAACGCUUAAAAUAUAUCACCCUUUGAUGAAACAAAUGACUUUUUUCAGUGGUACGCUAAUUUGUUGAGAUGAAUCUGUACUUGGGCACGUUGUGCUGUUAGAGAGGCCUGCACACACCCACGCAAACACACACACACACACUGAGCAAUAUUAGACAGGCUCUAUACAACACCGCCUCUAUCAGGUACUCUUCUCGGUGGGCCCGUCCUGAAGGGUCAAACAUGAUUAAGCUGAUACGCCCCCUCUCCAACAGAACGUGUACCACUGACCGCAUUACUGUGUGGCAGCCCUGCGUGGUCCGAGUUGUGCAAUCGAAGGGCUUACAGAGCGUCAUCCUCAUGUCUGUAAAUCUCCACCCUCAGUGAAACUGGCCACUGAUUGUCACGCCUCACAGGUGACUACUCAACCGUUCUCAGUUUAUAUUCUUCUUUCUUUUUCCUUUUUUUUUUUUUGGAGUAAAGAUAAAACACUGGUGAUAUAAAUAUAAAACUGUACAACACAACUUUCUUACUCUUGCUGGCAUUGUAAAUGAAUGGAUGGACAAAUCAAAAUGCAGUAACAGCCUGCGGUGACUUAUUGUUGUCUAUUAACCCACGGCUGAAAGCUUUUUCUCUGUAACACCAUGUAAUAACACCGUGUUACAAGUUUUAUACUCUUACUGUAUAAAAGAAGCUCUGAAGCCCAUUGAAAUCUUCAAUUCUCUCCCUCCAAAGUCAGCAAAAUAUUUUUUUUUUUUUACAGAGCUGUAUCUCGACAAGGUGCUGCUGGUCUUAUAUCUAUCUGAGCGCCCUUUUUGCACUGUUAUGACACCGUUGUAACUCCAUUAUAUGCCGUCAGACUUGCAUUUAGCAUUAGCACAGUAUAAUUAUGUAGUGAAAAGACCUUCUGUAGUUAGUUACGCAGGUUAAUACACUGGAAUAAGACUCAUGUAAAAGAGGGAAUGUUACUUAUUUUCUGUCUGAUGUAUGUGUCGAGUGGAGUGACAGAGAUGAAAUACUUUAAUAUUAAUGCUAUUGUUAAUGAAUGCCUUUGUACAGUAGUGGAUAAAAUGCUUUUCAUUCUCCUGUUUUUGUAACUUAUGGUAUUUCAGUGUAGGUAUUAACAUUGUAUUUAAAAGGUAUGAGAAGACUGGCAAUAUUUUUGACUAUUUAAAGUAAUUUUGAACUCAUGACAUUAAAGAGGUACCUCAGGCUUAAGAAAUUUCUCAGAUUGGUGAUAUUUGGUCGUUUGCAGGUAAAGAGGUUUUGUUAAACGUUAUGCUUGAAAACAGGUCAAGAGGGCCACCUGGUUAAUUAAAGCUGUGAUGAUAUGGUAGAUGUGGUUCACUGCUCAGGGCAGCAUUUUGUCCAGGGGCUGCACAAGCCCAGGAUGAGGGGUUUGGGUAGCCAUCACUCCGUUGCAUCCCAAACAAGCUGAGGGUUUACAUUGAUGCCUGCCUGUCAUGUUGUAUUUAGCAUCUGAUUCAAGGAUCCUCAUUUGGAGCUAAAUUAAACUUUCACUUUUAGAAUUACUUGAACUGAGCAAACCUGAACUGGUCAGAUAUCGAU